AUGACCCGUACUGUGUACAGACCUGACACCCUGCGGGGCGAGGCACAGGCAGCCGUCGGCCCCGUGGCUCAGCUGGCGGGCGCGGAGUGGUCCCUGACCCACCGGCUCCCCCGGGACCGCCGGGCCUCGCCCUCAGCCUCUGGCCUCCCGCCGCGGGCCAGGCGCUCCAGGCUCCUCCCCCCUCCGGAGCCGUGCUUUCUCUGCAGGGCCGCCGCCUCCAGCUCCUCCUCACCCCCUCAGAAUCACGGCAGUUCUUGGUUCCUGUCCUGUUCCUCAGACUUCACUGUGUCGAGACCCAGGUUUUCUAAUUUCAUGGCCCUAGGAAGGAACAAGCACAUGGUUCUAUCAUAUUAA